AUGUCAACACCAUCAAAGCCUAAAAAGUACUCCUUCAUCGAGAUCAUGGGGGACGAAGUGGUGGUAUCUAUCUACAGUCACUAUCCUCUAUCUAUAGUCACUACACGCCAACCUACUAUCAUCUACAGUAUCUAUCCUCUACCUAUAGUCACUAUACACCUACCUACUACCAUCUACAGUCACUAUCCUCUCUCUAUAGUCACUACACGCCAACCUACUAUCAUCUACAGUAUCUAUCCUCUACCUAUAGUCACUAUACACCAACCUACUAUCAUCUACAGUUACUAUCCUGUAUCUAUAGUCACUACAUGCCAAACUACUAUCAUCUACAGUUACUAUCCUCUAUCUAUAGUCACUAUACACCAACCUACUAUUAUCUACAGUCACUAUCCUCUAUCUAUAGUCACUACAUGCCAAACUACUAUCAUCUACAGUAUCUAUCCUCUACCUAUAGUCACUAUACACCAAUCUACUAUCAUCUACAGUUACUAUCCUCUACCUAUAGUCACUACACGCCAACCUACUAUCAUUUACAGUAACUAUCCUCUAUCUAUAGUCACUACACACAAACCUACUAUCAACUAUAGUAUCUAUCCUCUAUCUAUAGUCACUAUACACCAAUCUACUAUCAUCUACAGUUACUAUCCUCUACCUAUAGUCACUACACGCCAACCUACUAUCAUCUACAGUAACUAUCCUCUAUCUAUAGUCACUACACACAAACCUACUAUCAACUAUAGUAUCUAUCCUCUAUCUAUAGACACUAUACACCAAUCUACUAUCAUCUACAGUCACUAUCGUUUAUCUAUAGUCACUACACGCCAAUCUACUAUCAUCUACAGUAACUGUAGUUCUCUGAAAUAA